UCUGUCACGCGAAAAAAUAAAACUGUCAUGGCAAAAAUUUUUACGCAGCGUGUUAUUUAAAAAAAUACUAAAAAUUGUUUUGUUCAGCGGACUAGUAAAUAAAAAUGGAUGAAAUUGUGCAAUGUUACCGAGCGUGGAAAAGAGAGACAGCAAGUUGGUGAGACGGAGGCUAUUUGCGUCUCUAGUGUCAUCGACAGAUUUGAUCGACAGCUUCGCCAUGACGUACGAUAAUAACGAUCAACAUUGGUUACAAACGGUUCUUGGGCCAACGUUCACGAUGUCAAGCGUCUCGUCGGCUUCAGUGGAUGGCACAAAAACUCUAGUAACCAGCUUCAGGACCUGGCUGCAAGCACACGAAGAGGCUCAGGUAAUGCUAGCUAGUGUAUUAGUAGUACUGGGAAUGUGGUGGCUGGUGCGAACCAUCAUGUCACUUCUUAUCAACAUCAUCUGUCCAAUACUCGUCGUGUUUUUUGCUGUUAUGUGUAUACCACAGUUGCGUGCCCCACUGCUUGGUCAAAAUUAUCCACUUUUAGCCAACCUGAUGCGUGAUAUUUUUUUAAAGAUGGCGGAAAACAUGAAGACUUAAAAUUUGUCAUAAUAUAAAAAUUGUAAAAUAGAUUUGACUUUU